AUGGGAGCUCACCUCGCCAGACGGUAUGUCACCGAAACGGACACCGAACCGGACCCAGCGAAGAAAUUCGAGUUCGACCCCCAGAUUGGUUUUGAAGAGAGAAAGGAGAGAGAGAUGUUGGCGACUCAGGAGCAGAUGAACCUGGCCCAGCUGCCUGUGGAGCAGAGGGACUACUGCGCCCAUCACCUUCUGAAACUCAUGAAGUGUAAGAGGGACAACUGGCCCAACUUCCUGGCCUGCAAGCACGAGAGACACGACUGGGACUACUGCGAGCACCAGGACUACGUGAUGCGUAUGAAGGAGUAUGAGAGGGAGAGGAGGCUCCAGCUGAGGAAGAAGAGGAUCGAAGCUCAGGCGGAAGCUGCAUGA